AUGACGGAACCUGAGAAACUUGAUAAUAAUGAUGAUAUUAAAGAAAUAACGGAAACAACUGAAACAGCCAUUAAAACUAAUACUAAUUUAACAGAAAAUGAUGGAACAAUUACCGAGACAAUGAAAAAUAUUGAGAAAGAUGAAUCAGAUAAUAAUAAUUUAGAUGAAAAAAAAUGCAUUGAAUUUUCUAAAAAAUUACAAAUUGGAGGUGAAAAUAUUUUAGUUGUUGAAAGCGAAAAAUAUAUUAUCAGCGGUGAUUCAGCUCCGAAUUGUUGUAUAAUUGGGUCACCAGAACAUGUAAGAUUAAUUUUAAUUUUAUUUAAUAUUCAAUUGUAA